ACCACUACACAACUACUAGGAAUUCUUUAUUAUCUGUGGUAACCAGAAUUAUUAUUAUAAUAAACAAUAAUUAUUAUAGUAUCUCAUAAUUAUAUUUAUUAUUAUUUUUUAAAUGCUAAUUUACCGUCAGCCUCGGACUCUCGGUCCUCAGACCUCGAUCGACAUUCGACGUUCUGUAGUCAUCACUCAUUAGUCGUCGUCGGUCGCUCGUUGGACGCGUUCGGUACUAACCUUCUAAUAUUGUGUAUAAAGAGUUUUCCGACAGGUGAAAUUGUGAAAACAUGACGUGUUUAAGGCGGUGGUUAUAGUUUUUUUUUUGUCUCUCGUUUUCUUGUCAUCAUGUUUUAGUGUUGCGAAAAACCCUAUGUAGUCCCGUAAUUCAGCUAGGAACUAGUUCCAUAUUGUUUCAAGGUCUAACAAUCGCCAUUCAAAAUGAAGUCUUCGCAGAGUAUUUUAUUCGGUAUACUUCUCGUGUUUGUCUACUGCCGUGGUCAUUAUGCAAGCGUCAGUGAUCGCCAUGAUUUGUGUCCGAAAAUCAAUCCUUGGGUGUUCCUUGGCUACAGGCCGAUGGGUAAAGAAGAAGCUGGUAGCUAUGAAAAAAUUUCAAACGUCACAUUAAAUGGAUGUAUCAUGAAGUGCUGUGAAUCUGAUAGUUGUAACGUGGUUUUCAUGAACAAAAACGAUUGUUAUACGCUAUCGUGUAAAACAAAUGAUGACUGUCUACCGGUUUAUGCUAAAGAAAAUAUAUUGAACUUCAAAAUGAUUUUGGUAGCUCCAAAAUUACCUGUUAAGGAUUGGACUGACAUAUUGGAAGGAAGCAGUUUCUCAGAACCUGAAGAUGCCAAAGUGGUGUACCCCUUAGAAAAAAUAUGUGAAGUGAACAAUGAUUGUACUGAUAAUGAACUAUGUGACCCUCAAAUUGGUAUUUGUGUUUGUUCUGAGGGUUACCAAUUAGAUGAUACUAAGAAAUUUUGCUAUUCAAAUUCUGGUAAUUUGGGAUUAGGAUCAAACACAUCUGGUUACGAUGUAGAUGAUGUAAAUAAUGUUAUACCAGAACAACAACAACAAUUUGACAGUUUGAAAAAAGUAUCGGUUGAAAGUGAAUCACAAAAACCACCAGAAAUCAAACAUUUAGUUGUUUCAGUUUUGUCAAAAACUGUCCGACUACCGGAAAACGAAGCUACACUAUCUGCUUAUACUGUACCAGCAGAUGACACAGGUCAUAGUUAUCAAUAUGAAUGGUCACUGAUUUCAAAAACUCAGGGAUCUGGGCAAACUGUAUCAAUGAAUGAUCAGAAUGGAAGCACAUUGAAACUUUCUCAUUUAGUUGAAGGUUUAUAUAUGUUCAAGGUUACUGUUACCGGUACAGGUGCUUUUGGAGAAACACAAGCCAAUGUCACAGUAUUACUACCGCAAAGAAUUAAUACACCACCAAAAGCUGUGAUAUUACCAUCGUCCUUGGUGGUAAAGUUACCUAAUACAGUAGCAGUGCUUGAUGGUUCCAGUAGUCGUGAUGAUACUGGUAUUGUGCAUUGGCGCUGGGAAUUACAGAAAGGUCAAUUAGGAUAUAGACCUCAUUUACCCCCUGACACUCCAACUUUACAGUUGAAUGAUCUACAAAUUCCUGGAAACUACACAUUCAAAUUAACUGUUAUGGAUGCAUGGAAUGCCACCGACUCAACUACAGCUAAUAUUACUGUUAUGCGAGUACCUGACUAUCCACCAGAGGCAAACGCUGGUCAAGAUAUGGUAGUUUAUUUACCAGUUAAAAAUGUUACUCUAAACGGAAGUCUAAGCACAGAUGAUCAUGGUAUUGUUGCAUGGGAAUGGACUAAAAGUUCAUCAGAUCAAAAUAAGGCUGUUGAUAUUCAAGAUACACGUACACCAUAUCCCAGAUUGUCUAAUUUAGAAGAAGGUUUGUACACAUUUGUAUUAAGGGUGACUGAUAAUGCAAAUCAAACAUCAAGUCCAUCAGAAGUGCAUGUUUUUGUCAAACCACCGACCAAUAAGCCUCCAGUUGCCGUUGCCGGUAAAAAUUUAACAUUAUCACUGCCUCAAACUUGGGCAUCACUUGAUGGUUCUAAAAGUAGCGACGAUAUUGGAAUAAAAAAAUGGAAGUGGUAUCAAAUUAGUGGUCCAUCAAAUGUGCGUUUCAAUAAAGACAAUGAUUCUAAAACAAAUGUUACUGAGUUGACUAAAGGUGUUUAUGUAAUUGGUUUAACUGUCACUGAUGGAAAUGGAAAUAACGCUUCAGAUAUUGUUAAAAUAACAGUGUACCAAAACAAAAAUACUCCACCUAAAGCUAAUGCUGGUGGAGAUAAGACAAUUGUGUUGCCAGUCAGUGCGAUUGUUCUUAAUGGCUCGUUGUCAUGGGAUGAUUUGGCCAUUGUAAAAUGGGAAUGGAUUCGAGAACCAAAUUCAUUGGCUGCUGGAAAUAUAAUUUUAAAUUCGGACCAUUCGUCAGUUUUAAUUGUAACAAACAUUGUUGAAGGAAGAUACGUAUUCCGUUUAAAAGUUACUGACGACCAAGGAGCUUCUAGUGAAGAUAUUGUUUCAGUUAAUGUCAAGCCUGAUCCUAUUGCGAAGUCUAUUGUGUGUUUAACACUAUAUAUUGAAGCGAGCCGUUUAACACAAAAUCAAGCAGAUGAGGUGAAAUUAAAAUUAGGAAUGUUAUUGCCUACUGGCAGUCAGUUAAAGGUUAGAAAAUGGACAGAAGAACAAAAUUCUAAAAGGGCCCAGCUACAUUUCUUUGUUGAUGACAAUAAAAAUAAAACACUCUCAGGACCAAAUGUAGUCUCUAUGUUAAAAUCCAAACUCAAACAAGAUUCUUCACUUUUACAACUAUCAGUUGACAAUAUUCAAACUACAGUUUGUCAAAAUAAUUGUUCAGGCCAUGGAAUCUGCGAGGAAGAAACGCGUAUAUGUGUUUGUGAAGCAUUUUGGAUGCACAAUUUGUACAGAGCUUUAUUUGGAGAUGGUGAAUCCAAUUGUGAAUGGAGUAUUGUAUACGUGGUCAUCAUAUUAGUUGCUAUGUUUGUAACUACAGUAUUUUGUUUUUGGAGCAUUGCUUGUUUCUGCAAUCGCAUCUGUAAUACUAAACAAAAAAUAAAAAAAUACAAGCUGGUUGGAGUUGAUGACGAUAAUCACUCAAUGAAAAGCUCAAUGUCACACUUAGAAUUAUCUGACACAGAUUCGGAUUCAGACGUAUUAUUAGAUGUGAGAAAGGCCAAGUCGAACCAAAACAGUAUGUCAAACAAGUUUUUAAAUGCGUCUCGGUACAAGAAGAAUAAGAGAGGAGUUAAUACUUAAACUAAACUGUUGAAAAUUGCAAUUAUAAUUUUUACUAUUUAUAACAGAACUUCAGAACAUCAAUAGCUUCUCGUACACUAAAAUAAGAGCUUUAUUCUAAGAAAAAACUAAAAUUAUUAUUUUUCAAGUUUAUGGGAAAAAAAUUGUUUAUUUGAUGAACUGAUAAUAUUUUACACACAUAUUUCUAAUAAUAUUUUUAAAAUUAUUUGAAUAUUAUAUUUUAAACAAACCUUUAUAGAGUAUUCUGAUGUAUACCAUUAUUUUCUAGUCAUGCUUGUUUUGUUUUAUUGCAAACUUUGUUGUGACAAAAAGUAAAACAAUUUUCACAACUAUUGAACAAUGUGUUUUUACUUUUUAUUAUUGUUGCUAUAUAGCAGGGCUUGUAACAAUAUUAUGGAAUUUAUUAGUGUAAUGUUUAUGUACUGGAAAAUUAAUUAAUGAAAUUGAUUUCAAAAUCUAAAUUAAAGUGGAGAGAUUUACAACAAUAGUCACAAAUAUUUCUUUGUUAUAAAAUAAAAUAUAUAAAAUUAUUAUGUAUUACUAGUAAAUUCCUAAUUACAAGCCUUAAUUUAUUGUGGUUAUUUUAUUAUAUGUACUAAAAACAAUUUUUAUAAUAGUAUAUAAUAUUAUUAUUACCAAUUAACAUUUGUAAGAAAAAGUUCCUUGAAUAUAAUAUAAUGAUAAUUAUUCAUAUUGGUAUCCAUACCAUAAUAAA